AGAAAGCUUUAUACGAAGCCCUUCAGAAGGUUAAAGCAGAAUUGAUGGUUCUGGGAUUCAUAUCAUUAUUACUCACAUUUUGUCAGAGUUACAUUGUCUCCAUAUGUAUUCCUCUGAAACUGGCAGAUACAAUGUUGCCCUGUGCCUAUAAGCCCAUAAAAGGAACCCACACCCACAACGCAGGAGGACAUCACCGUAGGCUCUUAUGGUAUGAGCGUAGAAGGUUAGGAGGAGGUUCCGAUUUAGUUGAAUGUCAUGAGGGAUUUGUGCCUCUGAUAUCUGGUCAAGGAUUGCAUCAACUUCACAUAUUCAUAUUCUUUUUGGCAGUGUUUCAUGUUAUGAGCAGUUGUAUUACCAUGGCCCUCGGGAGAAUGAAGAUUCGUAGGUGGAAAGACUGGGAAGUGGAGGCUGUGAAGAACAGCAAGAAUGAUGAGCAAACUGAUGCUUCAAAGUUUCGAUUGACUCAUGAGACGUCCUUUGUGAAAGGACACAACAGUUUUUGGACGAAAAAUCCCAUCCUUUUUACCAUUGUUUGCUUCUUCAGACAAUUCUACAGAGCUGUUCGAAGAUCAGAUUACUUGGCAUUGCGUCAUGGAUUUGUUAGUGUUCAUCUUGCACCUGGAAGCAAAUUUGAUUUUCAAAAAUAUAUAAAAAGAUCUUUGGAAGAUGACUAUAAGGUAGUUGUUGGUAUAAGUCCUUUGUUAUGGGGAUCUGCAGUCUUGUUCCUGCUUCUUAAUGUUGAUAGAUGGGAUGCUAUGGUCUGGUUGUCUUUCCUCCCUCCAAUUGUGAUCUUGUCAGUUGGAACGAAACUUCAGGCAGUCAUCACUCGGAUGGCCGUUGAAAUCACAGAAAGACACGCGGUCGUCCAAGGAAUUCCUCUUGUCCAAGUUUCGGAUAAAAAUUUUUGGUUUUGUUGGCCACAGCUCGUUUUGUAUCUCAUCCAUUAUGUCAUCUUUCAGAAUGCUUUCGAGAUCACGUAUUUCUUUUGGAUAUGGUAUGAGUUUGGUGUCAAAUCUUGCUUCCAUUCAAAUUUUACCAUGACUAUUGUCAGAGUUUGUCUUGGGGUAGGAGUUCAAUUUAUGUGUUGCUACAUCACACUCCCGCUAUAUGCCCUCGUAACGCAGAUGGGAUCAACAAUGAAGAGAUCAAUAUUCGAUGAGGAAACAUCAAAGGCUCUAACAAAGUGGCGUAAGAACGCCAAGAAGAAAAACGAUGGCAAACCAGCAGCUAUGCCAACCCAAAAGCUUGGGGGUACUGUCAAUGAAGAUCUUCAUGUAAAAGAUGAUGAUCACGAUCACAAUUAUUCACAUGAUCAUCCAUGAUCUUGACUUGUAACAUUUUCCAGGACUUUUGGUCAAAAUGAUGAAUUUCAAGUGCAAAAUUUUGUUGCAGAUGGUAGAGUUAAAUGAGAGCAAAGGAAAAAACAUGAUUCCAGUGUGCAGGAAUUGUACUAACUUUUUGAUAUUUAAAAUAAAACAACCAAAU